CGUUGGAGAGAGCCCGGCAUUAUUCCUUCUCUACCUCUCCUCCAACUCCUCCCACUCCUCUCCAGGCGAGCGGAAUCCCUCUUGCUUCUCCCUUCUCUUCUUUUCUCUUCGGUGGUUGGAGAUAUGGGGUUGUUGGGAGCUCUCAAAUUCUAACUUCGCGAUCAUACGUAACUCCCAAGAGAGGCUCUUUCGUUCGCCUGCCCCUUCCUUUCUUCUCUUUCUUGUUUAUUUUAUUCUCUUACGUAUCUCCGUUUCUCUUUCAGUUCUUAAAGGAACCGUGGCUCUCUCUAGUGAAGCCAAUGCUUUUUGGUUAUAUCUUCUGAGGAACACAAUCUGUUUUGGUUUCAUUACAGACUCUUUGAGGAUCCAAUAUGCCUUUCAACAUAGUUUCAGCAUGGAAGAAGCGGCUGAGAAGCAAAUCACAAGAUCACAUUGACCCAUGGAUAUAUAAGCCUAUUGAGUUUUGGCAGCUGAAAGAUCGAAGCUCAUCUCCAAAAAGACGUAACUGUUCCUCAGUAUUCACCCUUAAGCAAAUGGAGGAAGCAACAUGUUCAUUUAGUGAUGAAAACUUGAUUGGAAAAGGAGGAUUCGGUCGGGUAUAUAAGGGUACUCUGAGGGAUGGAGAGGUUGUUGCGAUAAAGAAAAUGGAUCUACCACCUUUUAAGCAAGCUGAUGGUGAACGUGAGUUCCGAGUAGAAGUUGACAUUUUGAGCCGACUUGACCAUCCAAAUCUAGUCAAAAUGAUUGGCUACUGUGCUGAUGGGAAGCAUAGGUUUUUAGUAUAUGAAUUUAUGCCUAAGGGAAACCUGCAGGAUCUAUUAAAUGGAAUUAGUGAAGUGAAGAUGGACUGGCCUUUAAGAUUAAAAGUAGCACUUGGAGCAGCAAGGGGUCUUGCUUAUCUCCAUUCCAGUUCAGCUGUUGGUAUUCCUAUAGUGCAUAGAGACUUCAAAUCCACCAAUAUUCUAUUAAGUGAAUAUUUCGAGGCAAAGAUUUCUGAUUUUGGCCUUGCUAAGCUAAUGCCAAAUGGUGAGGAUAUGUAUGCAACUACAAGAGUCCUAGGUACUUUUGGCUAUUUUGAUCCUGAGUAUGCAUCGACGGGGAAACUCACAUUACAAAGUGAUGUCUAUGCCUUUGGCGUUGUUCUGCUGGAGCUCUUGACUGGUCGAAGAGCUAUAGAGUUAAAUCAGGGUUAUACAGACCACAAUCUUAUAUUACAGGUCCGACAUCUGUUGGGUGACAGGAAGAAGUUGCGUAAAGUGAUCGAUCCCGAUCUGUCUAAAAGCUCAUACAGCAUGGAGUCAAUUGCCAUGUUUGCAGACCUUGCUUCAAGGUGUGUUCGUAUUGAGGGUGGUGCAAGACCAUCAAUGGCAGAGUGUGUGAAGGAACUUCAACUCAUUUUCCGUGCAAAUAUGAGAGUAUAAAGCAUGUGUUUGAAAUGCAAAGUUAUGGUUUCGUAUACCAAUAAUCAAAUAAAUCAAUUUCUCAACUUAUGUUGUCAUUGAAAUUUUUCAAGCAAUCUAACUACAUCUACUUCUGUCCUUGUGAUUGUAGAGGCUCAGGGGUGCUUUGUCAAAAAGUCAUGAACGUAUUGACAAUAUGGAAUCUUAAAUUUAAGCAGAUAUGUAGAGCUUGAAUGGAUCAA